AUGACGUCGGCGAAAUCGUGGAGAUGGCUGAUGAGAAAAAAGAGUAGCUUGCCUGAUGGGGGUAAAUCUAGUUUCAAAAUGAAACAGUUGCCGUUCAUGGCAGUUGUGUGUACAGUUAUGUUGUUCAUUGUAUAUAGAACUACAAAGUAUCAGUAUCAUCAAGAAGAGAUUGACAAGAAAUGGACUUUAUGGGGAAAAACAGUGGUAAAAACUCAUGAAUAUCCUGCGAUUUCAGAGAAAUUGAAAGGCUUGCCGCGAGGUAUUAUACAAGAUAAUUCAGAUUUAGAGUUGAGGCCUUUGUGGUCGAGAAGUAAUUCGAGGUCGAAGUCUAGGGAUUAUUCUAAUCGUAACUUGCUGGCAAUUCCAGUUGGUAUUAAACAAAAGCAUAAUGUUGAUGCUAUGGUGCAAAAGUUUCUUCCAGAAAAUUUUACAAUUAUUUUAUUCCAUUAUGACGGGAACGUGAAUGGAUGGUGGAGUCUUGACUGGAGUGACAAGGCUAUACACAUCGUCGCCGAGAAUCAAACAAAGUGGUGGUUUGCUAAAAGAUUUCUGCAUCCGGAUAUCGUUUCUAUUUAUGAUUAUAUCUUUCUCUGGGAUGAGGAUUUAGGCGUGGAGAAUUUUUCUCCGUCAAGAUACGUUAAAAUUGUGAAGGAAGAAGGUUUGGAGAUUUCGCAACCAGCCCUCGACCCAAAUUCGACAGAGAUUCAUCAUAGAAUUACAAUUAGAGCUAGAAACAAGAAAUUUCACAGAAGAGUCUAUGAACGCCGGGGAAGCACAAAGUGUUCAGAUGCAAGUGAAGGGCCGCCAUGCACUGGGUUUGUGGAAGGUAUGGCUCCGGUUUUCUCUCGAUCUGCGUGGUAUUGUACAUGGCAUCUCAUACAGAACGACCUUGUCCAUGGAUGGGGAAUGGACAUGAAACUAGGAUAUUGUGCACAGGGUGAUCGAACUAAAAAAGUGGGAGUUGUUGAUAGUCAAUUUGUUGUUCACAAGGGAAUACAAACUCUUGGCGGAAGUGGUCAUGGUGCAACCAAGGUUUCGAGGCUUAAAAAAACAACUACGAAACAACUCAAACAAGGUGGAGCGACAGUUGAUGUUCGAACUGAGAUACGAAGGCAGUCAACAUGGGAACUUGAAGUCUUCAAAGAACGAUGGGAUCAAGCUACUGCAAAGGAUAAAACUUGGGAUGAUCCAUUCAAGAGACACAUAAGAAGAAGGCGCGACAGUCACUAA